GGAGCGUCACUAGGUGGCAGCAUUCAAUCGUCAUUGUGUUGCUAACAUCAGUUGUCAGUAAGAAAACAGCUACACACAUCUGAGCUGAGUUUUUUGUCCAGAUUUUUGCUUUUCAAGCUAAAAAGAUGGAGGAGUAUCAUUCUGGAGAUGAAGUGGCUUUCAGUCCAGAUGAUGCAAGUAAUGUUGUAAAGGAGUGCAUUGAGGGUAUUGUUGGAGGUGUGGACUACAGCCAGAACAAAGUCAACCAGUGGACAGCCAGCAUAGUCGAACACACUCUCACUCAGUUAGUCAAACAGGGGAAACCGUUCAAGUACAUUGUCAACUGUGCUGUGAUGCAGAAAAGCGGCGCCGGUCUUCACACAGCCAACUCUUGUUACUGGGACACUACCACUGAUGGAAGCUGCACAGUCAGGUGGGAGAACCGCACCAUGUACUGCGUCGUCAGUGUGUUUGCAGUGGCUAUUGCACUAUAAACAUGAAUCAUGGCUGAGACUUAUACACACAAAAGGAUAAAAACUCUGCUUCAACAAUGGCUUAUUAAAACCAUGUUCAACUUGUGUCAUGUUUUGCCUGAUCUAUAAAGUUUAAACUGUAUUGCAAAUGCCUGUCUACCACAUUGUAUGUUUAUUUGCUUUUGUUUUUUUUAUUUUUAUUAUUAUUAUUUUUUGGACUUGCAAAGGGUAACGUGCACCUUUUUUCUGUACAGGAUGAAAUUCAAAUAAGUUGAUGCUUAAUUAUUAAAGUUGUCUGAUUUGGGUUAAUCAAUCCAAAAUAAA